AUGGACCGCCGGCCACUGCACGAUCAGAUGGCCGACGAGGCCUACUGCAAACAAGUGCUCGCGGGGUUGCAGGAGAGGUUGGCGCGGAACAAGUCAUUUCUCAACACCCACGGCGAAGAAGCCGACAAACUAGUCUACAACAUCCUCCAAAAAGCCCAGCAACCUCAAACGGAUGAGAGUUGUGGCGAGGUUGACGCCCUUUUCUGUACCGCAUGCGAAGCGACAAGCCGAGUUGAGUCGGGAUCAUCGGACGUUCCAAUUUUUACAGAAAGCCAGCAGCAAUUUCGAUGGAAUGGUAGAGACCGUCCAAUUGAGGAGCUGUUCCGCCGUAUGGAAGAUUUUGACCGAUCUGUCUCAGUGCAGGUCCCCUCUCGCAGCUCCUCACUCAGUUCAUUUGAAAGCCAGAAACUCAGUCAGGUCAGAAACCGGUUUCUAAAGAAGCUAGAAACCAAUGACCCUUGGAACAUUCUGGACCUGCGCAGUCCGCUCCCUCCCUCCAUUUUGCCUACCUUCUUGACUGGGGAAAACUGCCAACUGCUCCCUCGCGUUCGAGACAUGGUGCUCACUGGGAGUCGUGCGGAGAGGGCAGUUGCGUCAGGGGAACAAUGGAAUGAGUGGAGAGACGUUCUUGAAUGGGCGCUUUUAUCAGAAGGGGGCCACAACACAGCACCACACAUUGACAGCCAUGGUCUUGCAACGUGGAUCACCUCCCAAGAAGGACACUUCGGCUUCGGUUGGAUGUCACGCCCGACCGUUCAAGAACAGACUGACUGGAUGGUUAACCCUCAAGGUUACACCGGUGGCCGGUGGCGAUAUGUCAUUCUCAGGCCCGGCCAGACGGUCUUCUUUAAUUCAGGCACAAUCCACUUUGUCUUCCGGGUACGUGGAGAGCAAACCUUAGCCCUCGGAGGUCACAUCCUCCAAUGGUCCAACAUUGAACGGUGGCUACAAGUUGUCAUCGCCCAGGUGCAAAAUCCAAAGAUCACCAACGAAGACAUGGCCCGUAGCGUACCUACAUACGUUCAGGUAGUGGCAAGACUGGUUGCAGCCCGGGUGAAGAGUGGUAGAGUAGAUGAGCUCGGAGGCGACAAAGCGGUUACAAGAUUCUUUGCUUCUGUUAAGGAGUUCGAAACGAUAUAUCAGCGAAAGUCGCGGGUGCCUAGUCGAUACGCCGGGAAUGAGGUUGGGGAUAUGCCCGGCCGCGGCCAUCGGAGAGACGUAUGCUCGCAGGAAGGGCUUUCCAUGGAGUAUAUUACUCAUCCACUCAUUAGAAUCCCUUUCCUAGACUCCUACCAAUACAAUCGCAACCCCAAUACCUAUCGCUACGCGUCUGCCCGCGACAACAUCCAAGCACAAUUUUUAUCAAAUAAGAUACGACAGACAACUCAAUAA